UCUCGGUGAGGGAGGAAGUCUACCACUCCACAACAGAGGUUGUUGUUGCGACAGCCUCCGUAUGUUUGCGUAGGUGGCCACGAUGCAUUCAGGCUGUCAGUACCACACCUACGAGACUACCUAUGACACGGUCUAUCUGCGGCUCCAUGAUUCAAAGUGAAAAUGGGAAGUGCCGUCUCCCUGUAGUUUCCUGUCGGCAGCCACUCAAACAAGUUUACAUUCACACGCGCUCUCAUCGGCGGGGCCCCACGCACGCGCAUAUUGACGACACUCUCGUAUCACGUAGUGGUGACUGCCAGUGGAAAAGAAAAUUUCAUUACUCACACACCAGUUUCUGCAGAUUUCCAACUCUGCACAAGUGGUUUUCCUGUGUCCUCAGGGAUACAUAUAAAAAGUCUGCUGCUGUGCUGUGGCCGACACAGCAGACACAACAAUGCAGAGGAGGAAAUUACAAGAAGUCCUGAAGCAGCUGAAGGAUGUGAAAGAAAACCUGCAGCACAACAACAAGACGCUGAAUACUCCACCAGCGAAUGUUGAGGAUUGCUGCUGCCAGUCAGCGCUGGAGUGUUUCAGAGCGAACAUGCAGGUGCAUUUCAACAUCGCAGAGAAAACGCAAAGCAAACUUUACAAGAGCCUCAAGAAACCCCUCACUGUGAGCAGUCUGGACUUUUGUAAUUCAGGAAAUAAUAUGCCCACAUGUGACAGGUGUGAUGAGCAUCCGAAAGUAAACGUCCAGGAAUUUUUCAAACGCCUGGAGUCUCUUAUUCAGAGGGGUAUAACCAGACUGACCAUGGACUAAAAAAGGAGAACCGAGCUGUGACCAAGGGCUGAAUGACACUGAGUGACACUACGCUGAAAAUAUGCUAAACAUAAAAGAAGUCUACAUGUUGUAGGCUUUUCAAGUAUUUAACUUAUUUAAUAUUUAUUCAGACAGUGGUGGGGAAUCCACCUGAACUCAUGACCAAUGUAUGUAUUUUCAGAAAAAAGCUGCUUUGCCGCCACCCAGUGGACUGGGCUUGGGCAGUUUUGUUUUAUUGCCUCUCUUUCAUUCCAAGUGAAAGGUGACUGUCAAUAUGCUGUUGUUCUCAAGGACGAUAAAUUAUAUCUAUUGAUGUUUAUACUAUGUAUGGUGUGCCUUAAUAGAGCCAUUCUGUGAACAAUUUGUGCCA